GCCUAUUUUGAACAUAAAUAAGGACUCAGCACUUCUUUAUUUCCCCCCUAAAGCAGAGUUUGGAGAGGGUCGGAGAGAGUGCGCUUUGAUGCGGUAGCUCUCUGACAAGAAGGAACAAAGGAGAUGACUUUUUAAAAUUACGAUUCGUUCAAAUCCGGGCUAUUUAUUUGAGGCAUCGGCGUCAUGUACGGUUCUGCAGCGUGCUUUUCUUCACCCUAAACAAGACAUUUUACCAAGCUGGUUACUAAGAAGCUAACCGUUUGGCUAGCCUUUUUGUUUGGUCAGGCCAUCUGCCGCUUCUAGUCUGAAGACUGGCUGCAAUUUUGUUUUGAAUUGCCCUCAGUCACCGUGAGAGUGUGAAAAUGGAGACUGGUAAAGUUGUAAGCGAUUUUAUCCCGGUUAGCCUGGCUCUGAAUGCAGGCCCUGCAGUCCCCAGAGUUCCCAGGCUAGCUCUGCCCGAGAUUGGGCUGAAGGGCUCCCCCUGCACCAAAAACCUCUUCUCCCCCGGAACUACCGCCGUGCUGUCUCCUGUGACUAACUUGACACUCAACAUGGACAAUCUCGCUGUACUCGGAAGGCAAUGUGAAACCCCCAAAAGGAAGAAAAUGGACUUAAUGAAGACUCCAUCAGUGGCUUCCGACACUUCCUCAGAUGCAGGUCUUGGCCUGGACUCUCCCAGCCCAGUGGACCAAGCGGAUGCGGAACAGAAGUUUGAGCAGGUCAUACAGAAUGCUACCAGAGUCAUAAAUGAAAGAAUGCCUAUUCGCAGGAUAAACUCACUACCACUGCAAUUGCUUGGUCAUAGUCCCAAUCUGAAGAGUAAAGAUUCUGAUAUGCCUCGGUAUAGCAUCCUUAGUCAAAGCUGCAUGCUCAGCUUGGAUGACAAGGAAAAUCUGCAUGAUGCAAGUUUUGAGUUUAAGAAGCCCACCAAGCCUGUUUCUCGCUGUCGGCUGCGUUCAACCGGGGAGGCAAAGGAAGCUUUUGCUAGCCGGCCCAACUCUGCUCCUGCUCUUAUGGUUUCGCCUACCUCAUCAAAUCAGCUAGCCUCACCUGAUAGUGACAGUCCCCUCGCACUGCAAUGCACAUCAUUCUCCAGCUUUCCUGAUGAUGAUGACGAUGGCUUUUUAGAGCUAAUCGAUGAUGUAGAGACGGAUUCUGAGGUACCUAUGGGAAUGGCCAGUUUGCUUACAGCUCCGCUGGUUGCUGAUCAAAAGAUGGAUGCUGCAGACUCCCCGGUUCGAUGUCGGCCACGAGGGCUGUUUCGCUCACCCUCUAUGCCAACAGGAGGGCGUGCUCCACUUAAAAGGCCAGAUAGACCCAGAGAUGAGAACACGCCUGUGCGUGUGAAGAGGAGGAGGAGUGUCGCUGGGUCGUAUGUCAUGGCCAUGGAGCAGGAGGAUGCUGUUCCUCAACAGGUUCAGCGCUCAAAAUCUUUUAAUCAUGUUGAGAUAGAGAGACUAUUAGACACUGACCCCAGUAAUGUGAUUGGAGAUUUUACCAAGCCUCUUGCUUUGCCUACAGUGGGUGGAAAACACCAAGACUUGAAAUAUAUCACUCCAGGAAUUAUGUGUGCAGCAAUGAAUGGACAGUUCAGUGAUGUGGUGGAGAGGCUGUUUAUCAUUGACUGUCGCUAUCCAUACGAGUAUGAAGGAGGGCAUGUCAAGGGUGCUCUAAACUUGUAUCAAGAGGACCAGGCUGAGGAAUACUUUUUCAAGCAGCCCAUCCUUUCAGAAUGCCCUGAAAAGCGUGUACUGCUGGUAUUCCAUUGUGAGUUUUCAUCUGAACGUGGCCCACGAAUGUGUCGCUUUGUUCGUGAGAGAGACCGUGAUCUUAACGAAUAUCCCAAUCUCCAUUACCCUGAACUGUACAUACUAAAGGGAGGCUACAAGGACUUUUUCCCCCUACAUAAGAUGGAAUGUGAGCCCCAGGAUUAUAUACCGAUGCAUCAUGAGGACUUUAAGGACAAUCUGAGGGAGUUUCGCCAGAGGACCCGGUCAACAGCUGGAGAGCGCAGCAAGAGAGAGAUGUACAGCCGCCUUAAAAAGCUCUGAGGCACCUAAACGUGUGCUCAGGUCUAUUGUCUAAAUUCACACAUGGUGUUCACAUGAUCAAUAUGUAGCAGUGACCUAAUGAAUUAUAUUGGAGAUUGCUCUGGUCAUCUGCCCAUGGUCAAAAUACAUGCUUACUGCCUUAACACAAUUGUGCACACACCCCACUUUACCUAUUCCAGUAGGUUAAUGCUGGUGGGUUUGUCUUCUCACUCCUAUUUUCUCCCCCAUUCCAGAUGAAGACCUCAAAGCACUUACAUUUCUAGUGUUUCUGGUGGAGGGUGCGCCUGAUGCAAAUGCAAUCUUUGUCCCUGCCAAUCUGGGUCUGAGCCAUUUAUACUGAUGUAAUUACAGCUAUAUCAGAACCAGCCAGUGUUUAAAUGUCCUUGUUCAAUUAUGUACAUUUCAGUAAUAUAGGUUCAUAUCAUUGAUUUAUUUUAAAGAAGGUAUUUAACUAUUUUUGAUAUAUUUUAACAGUUGGGUAUGGAUGACUAGCUGUUCAGUUGUGAGGCGGCCUGAAUUUUAGACUGAUGGGGAAUGCAGUGUGUGGGUUACUUGGCCAUUUUGCACCUUUUUUUUUUUCCUUUCUCCCUCCCCCAUUUGACACAUUUGAUGCUGGUCCCUGUAUUUUGAGAUUUGGAAGGUUUUUUUUUUUUUUUUUUUUUUAAAUUGAAAGGGGGUGGGAGCAACUAUGUAAUGGAACCUGUCUGACUGCAUUCACUCGGGUACAGGCUUGGCUGAUUGCUGCUGGUCAGCGUGAGAGGACCUUGAUCACCAAAAUGCCCAGCAAUAAACUUGCAUGUAACUUUUUAUUUUUUUUAAUAUAAAGUAACAAAUUUAUUAUUCCCCUUUCUUUAAAUGCAAAUGUGUGUAAGCUGGUCUCUGUGACUUUGGCAUGUUUGGGCCUGUGUGCGCAUGAGAUGUUUGCUGCAAUAAUUGAUGUUGGGGAGAAUAAACUACUUUAAUCUACAGUGGUGCUUGAAAGUUUGUGAACCCUUUAGAACUUUCAUAUUUAUGCAGAAAUAUAGACCUAAAACAUCAGAUUUUCACACAAGUCCUA